AUGGUGAUGGCGCGGGCGCGGGCGGAGGCGCGGACGCCGCUGUCGCUGUUGCUGCUGCCGCUGCUCCUGCUGCUCCUGCGUGUGGGGCCGGCGCUGGGGGCGGUGCCGGACGGGGAGCAGGAGGCGGUGGCGACGGCGUCGGCGGCCGAGGACGGCGGCGCGGCGGAGGGCGCGUCGCCGUCGGGCGUCGUCGCUCUGGGCGCGGGCGCGGGCGAGGGGGCGUGGCGCUGCCCGGCGGUGAGCCGGCCGCCCGUGGUGGCCUGCGGCUGCGACCUCCCGCACACUCUGCGCUGCGCCGGCGGCGGCCGCGGCGCCCUGCGGGCCGUGGGCGCGGCCCUGCGCGGCCUGCCGCCCUCCGCAGCCGUCUCGCUGCUCGACUGCACGGGGCUGCGAAACCUGACGUUUCUCGACCUGAGCGAGAACAGCCUGUCGCACAUUGCGCCAGACACCUUCCUGGCGGUGCCUGCGCUGCAGACGCUGCGCCUGCGAGGGAACAAGCUCACCGUGGCGGUGGUGUCCGCUCUGCAAGGUCUCCAGCUGCUGCGCGACCUGGACCUGAGCGACAACAAGAUGGUGGGCCCGCUGGGCCCGACCACGCUGCCGCCGCUGCCCGCGCUGCACGUGCUGCAGCUGGCGCACAACCAGCUGAGCAGCGUGAAGCGCGGCGCGCUGCGCGACCUGUACGCGCUGGCGUCGCUGGCGCUGCACCACAACCAGAUCGACGUGCUGGAGGACCACGCGUUCCGCGAGCUGCGCAACCUCGUCUCGCUCAACCUGGCGCACAACCGCAUCGUGGCGGUGUCGGGCGCGUCGCUGGCGCACCUCGAGCUGCUCACCCAGCUCGACCUGGCGCACAACUUCCUGCGCGCGCUCACCGCCGACCUGACGGUGCCGCUGCGCAGCCUGCGCGAGCUGCGGCUCGACGACAACGACAUCUCCAUGAGCAUGCGAAGCGUGAAGUGCACAUUGCUCCUGGACAUUGUCGUUCCCUUGGGCGUGGCUCGCCGCUGGAAAAGGUGUCCUCAGAUAGUGCUCAGUUCGACCUCCGGGUACAUUGGGUCUAAGUGUCUCUUGCUAGGGACUACUUCCGGGCCACAGGACUACUACCUACACAAUCCGCUAAACUGUGACUGCAGUCUUGCCGAGUUUGCUGCCUGGCUGGCCAAUUCUAGUCAAUUGCCCGAAGCUGACCGUUCAACGGCAAUUUGUGCAACACCACCUUCUUUGGAAAAUGGACUGUUGAUUCAAGUGCCUCCUUACGAUCUUCUAUGUGGAGAGGAAGAAAUUAACCUAGCUCCCCCAGAAGGACCUUUGUCAAUUCAAGGAGCUUCAUCGGAAGUAUCUGCCUCAAAGGCAACUCUAUACUCCUUUCAAUAUGACGGCCUUCAAGUAUUUUUAUCCUGGAAUGUGGAUGCGAGUGCUAUCCCAUACACGUGCAAUUCCCUCAUUGUGUAUGAAGAGAUGGGAGUUCAUGAAGUGCCAGUGGAAUCAAUUCCUCUGCAAUGCAACUCUUCACAAGUACCAGAACCAACAACUCUUACAGUGUCUUUAGAAAGUGCAGAUUUGCAACAAGGUCACAACUAUCGUUAUUGUGUUUUGCUAUUAGAAAGUGGUGAAAUUGAAUCAGAUGAAGUCUCUUUAGAUUGGGGGUGCAGCGAUAUGAUUCGUUUGGAACUUACUCCCAGACAACAUUCAAUCCACAAUUCCAAUAAUACAUCACAGAUUGUUGCCAUCAGCUAUAACACGACUCAAACUGGAACGCUGUCAGUGUCAGUUCAAUUGUGGAGUCAAUUCUCAUCUCGUGUGUAUUGCAUGUUUACACUGACUGUGUACGCCAGUGAUAUUCCUAUUGCUGUAGAACGUUUGAACUGUUCUCAUCCAAAAGUGACUUUCCAUGAACUACCCAAAGGACCAUAUCGUGUGUGUGCAACAAUGGGAGAUGUGCCACUAACAGGUUCCCAAGAACAUUGUGUUUGGGUUCAAGGAGAUACGAAUUCCAAUACACUUGGAGGAUUAACAAUAGCAUUGGCUGCAACAUUUGCAGCAUUUAUUUCUUUGCUUGGUUUGUAUAUAGCUUCUAAACGACUAUUCAAGCAACCCAAACUGCUUCCUACUCACCAGUGUUUUCUUGCUGCACCAAUAGAUGUACAACAGCACUCUCGCUAUGUUAAACUUCAGGCUACAACAAGACUGUAAUGUACAUUAAUUCCAAGUGUCUCAGAUUCAUUUGCCUUUCACAAAACAGUGUAAAUAUAUUUUUAGAAAAGUAAAUAUUUCUUUUCAAUAUUGAUGUGUAAUUUUUAAUCUGUGAUACAUGUCUGCUUUAAAGAAAGCUAAUUUUCCCUUUUAUGAAGCCAUUGUGCAAUAAAUAUAUUACCAUAAACAACUUAUGAAUAAUGAACGAAUAUCAGCAAACCUGAAGGAUAAAUUGUCAAUGACAUAGUUCUCUUUCUAGUUUGCCCCUCUUUUCCCCCUUUCUCGUUUCGUUCCCCUUUGCCUCUCCCACAUACAUGUAAAAGAGUGGGAUACAUUUUUAUUAAAACGUGUCGCUUGUGGAAAAUUGAAAAUAUAAGCAUGUUCAAACAAUAGUAGUUACGAAACAGCCGAGAAAUAGUCGUUAAACAAAGGGAAGAUCGCAAAGGAAUCGCUAAUAUUAGCACAUUGAAAUGAGGGUGACAGCGCAAUAGUGGCCUAUCCCACAUUUUUAGGAAAUUGCGU